AUGACGCUACAAACACUGGCCUGCAGAGGCAUGGCCACAACUUUGAAACCUUCUGGGAUCAGAGCGGGCCUCAUAUUGUCCAGAAUUCCCAUUGUAACGCAAGAUUUGAGCAAGCUUGAAAAACAGUAUUAUGAGUACCAAAGCGAGCUGGAAAAGCGGUUAAUGUGGACUUUUCCGCAGUAUUUCUACUUCAAACGGGGUACGUUGGCGGAAAAACGGUUUUUGGCGGCGCAGAAGGGCCCCGUCAGCAAACAGCCAGGAGUGUGGUUUCCAAAAGGCGUUCCAGACAUCAAACACAACAGAGAGAGACGCAGCAAGCAGGUGGUCAACUUGCCACAGAACUUUGGCUCUGCAGGUGGUGACCAGGUCAGCGAAUCCGACAGCAUCUCAAGGCCCAUAGUGCCCAACUCAAGAAUCACAGAAGCAGACCGCACCAACGACACACAAAGCCUGGAAAGAAAGCUGAGUGCCACUUUGUACCUGCUGGUGCAGAGCACGGAGGGCAAAUGGGCUUUCCCCAGCUUCCCAGUGGCUUCUGAAAAGGGUGCCAAACAAGCAUUGCAUGUCACGGCGGAAUCUGGCCUUAGAGAACUGGGUGGACCAAAUGUAAAUACUUGGACGGUUUCCAGCACUCCUGCUGGCGUCUUAAACGGCCCGGAUUCCGCCGAGUUUUUGGUCAAAUCCCACAUCAUUUCCGGAAAAUUUGAUCUUCAGCAUAAGUCCCAGUAUAACGAUUUUGCAUGGCUGACCAAAAGCGAGAUUCAGCAACGUGUUGAUGCCGCGUAUUACCAAGGUCUAUCUUGGCUGCUGGCAGACAACUGA